AUGUCAACGAGACCUCCGUCCCGUGUCGUAUUCGUGGGCAAUAUCCCCUACGGACUCUCAGAAGAACAGAUUACGGAACUCUUCAGCCGCGCCGGCAAGGUCGAACGGUUCCGACUAGUAUAUGAUUCUGAAACAGGCCGUCCAAAGGGAUUUGGGUUUGCCGACUAUCCCGAUACUGACAGCGCUUCGUCUGCGGUACGAAAUUUGAACGACUACGAGGUUAUGGGUCGCAAGCUCCGCGUCGACUUUUCUAAUGAACAAAAGAGCGGUGACGACGACAAUAGCCAGUCCACAACAAACCCGACAAAUGGCACGCCGACCAACGCGUACGGCACACAAGCAAGCCCACUGCCUCCCCUGCCCGCCGGAAAGGAAAUCCCCCCGGGGCUGACCUGCACCGACGCCAUCUCACGAACUCUCAACACCCUGCCGCCCUCCCAACUGCUCGACAUCCUCGGCCAGAUGAAGACGCUGGCGACCUCUGAGCCACAGAGGGCGACAGAGCUUCUCCAGCAGGCGCCACAACUUGCGUACGCCGUAUUCGAGGCUCUUCUUCUCAUGGGACUGGUCUCCCCCGAAGCUAUUCAGUCUGUUGCCGACCCUACAGCUCCUCUGCCGGCGCCGCAGCAACCAGCGACGGCGUAUCCCGGCUCCGCAGCCGCGUCGGGCUACGCAGCCGCGAACAACAACACACCACCGGUAGCCGGCAUGACAUAUGCGCCUCCCGCCGCGGCCGCAGCAGCUCAGCCGAGUUUUGGCGCCCCGGUGGCACCACAACCGUCUCCUGCGGCCGCCCAGGACCCCGACGCUCUGAUGAGAGCAGUCAUGGACCUGACGCAGGCCCAAAUCGACAUGCUUUCGGAUGCCGACAGGCAGCAAAUCAUGGCUCUGAGAGCCACAUUUGCCGGUCAGCGGAGAUGA